GCGUGGUCAUACAAAAAAUAGGUAAAAAAUCAAGGGUAUCUGAAUCUCAUAAUCUUCCCUCUUCAUACUCUUUGUCUCCAUCUCAGUUCUCCAUAGUUUCGAUGGUCAGGCGGAGACCAUUCCACAGCCUACAGUCAUUUGAGUGGACAACUAAGUUCUCCUCGUUUUGCAUCUCUUUUUUGGUUCUUUCCCAGCUCUGCUCUGUAUCUUCAUGCCCCCACUCUGCCUCUAUUCAUCACAUUGAUCAUAUCAAGGCGUGUAAUGGCUCAGACUUUUUAUUGACUUUCUCUUUCUUUACAAACCUCACUGAUGACCUGAUGUGCGUGCACAGAAUGUACAAGAUGUACAUUUACAGUCACGACACCAAAGAAGUUGAUGAAUUGACUCAGGAACCCCCUCCUGUUUUCAAUAAUCUCACAAAAAUCUGUACUUCUUAUUUAAUAAUUGAUGGUGUGACUUUUCAGAAGUAUCAUGGCAAGCUGCUACAGAUUAGAAUGUAUCCUACUAGUCCGGUCCAGUGCUCAAACAACUUUAGUGCCAUUAUUGGGACAGAUCCUCCUGAUCCAGUUAACACCUCAUCAGUAGUCAGUGUUGUCAAUUGUACUGGAGUAUAUUUAUACUGGACUCGACCUGUCACUCCAACUGGAUGUCAUAUUUUAAAUUAUAAUAUUAUCUUACAGUGGAAUGACACUGUUGUUACUACUAAAGAACCAUUCCAUUACUGGCUCGCAGAUGAAUUGCCUUCUGAUGAAGUCCUCACUGUUAGUAUUGAAGCAGUUAAUGGAAUUGGUCCUAGUCAAGAGACUUCUAUUAACAUCAGUACUGCCAUUAAACCUGUUGUUAAUAUUGUCAGCCACAGUGUAAUCAUAGUACCUUCAGCAGCUCAACUAAUUGUAAAUGCUGAGUUGGAUUCUGAUUGCUGCCCUUUCUCCUCUCCAAGUCUCCUUCAUAUUUGUACAAUGUGUAAUAAAAGUGCUAGCCCAUUCUGUUCAUACAUUAAUCUCACUAUAUACAAUGAUGUGAUGAUUACUAUUAAUACGACACUUCCUCUUGAUCUUCAAUGUAAAUCCACCCUCACCUGGUCGAACCACCAUUCAUCAUACAUCAGUUAUAUCAAUGAUACUUUUAGCACAUCUCCAGUUCACAGUGUAUUUAUUCCUACUAACAGUUCUACUGGUUAUUUUAGGAUCAAUUGUACUUUAUUGCCAGGUGGAAGUGGGUGCGUCAUUAAAGUUUUUAACUCAUCUGGUCUCUUCAUUUUUAUGGAAGUUUUAACUCUAAAUGACACUGUCACAGUUUCUGAUGAUGACUAUAAAGUGGUUUCAAAGACCACGACUCAUCAAUUAACAGCUAGUGGAACAUAUACAGUAUUUGUGCAUUCACUUAAAGAUAGUGGCAAUGAGAGUGAUGUAGUCAUUGCUAGUAGAGUCAUUGAAGUGGUACUGCCAUCACCCUCACCAUCACUUGUCAUCAGUACAUCCUCACCAUCACAUACACCCCCACCCUCACUCUCACCAUCACCAUCGCAAUCAGAUACAUCAUCAUCUCAAUCACCAACCUGUUCUACUGACUGUUCUGAUUCUGAUGACAUUGUCAUUGGUGCAAGUGUUUGUACAUUUCUUAUUGUUGGUGGUGGUGUGGCAUGUGUUGUUAUAUUUUGUGUGGUACGACUAUGUUAUGUUAAGAAGUGCAAGAAAUCAAAAAAAAUUAUUAGUGUGGGAACUAGAAGUGAAUAUAUAACCUCACAAACGUUCACGCCAAUUGAACUGGAGGAAGCACCACCUUCUAUUGGUACAGAUCCAAACUCUCUGAAUCCUCUGAUUAGAAACACAAGUAAUCCUCAACCAGGAGAUGAGAAUAAUGCUAAACCAGAUGGGCGUAAUGCUAAUGACCCUCAUCUUGAUGUUCCACAUGAUCCAAACCCUAUAUAUUUAGCACCUGAACAAGCUAGUAACUCGAAUGAUCUUCAAGGUGCAGCUCCUGUUGUAGCACAAAAGACGAUAAUAAGAAAUGAUAGGACUGAUAGCAAUAAUGAAGUUCAAACUGCAACAACAACACACGAACUUAAACCUCUAACAAUCCCAGCAAGUACUAUAGCAAAAACAAGUGUGGAAAAUGGACGUAAUUUGGAUGUUACAAAAAGUCGCUGUACAGUGUUAUAACUUUGUGGAAAAAUUGAUAAUUUUUAAACAAUUAACAAUAAAUUGCUACUGCAUUAUGAUUAUUUUUUAUUCUUUUUAUCAAGAGUAGCAUAUUUAUCAUCAACC